AGUUUGCGGCAGAGGUUCGGAAUUCGGAUUGCAUUUCAAAGAUAUACCUCUGUCAAUUUCACUUCAUUGAUGGUUACUAAAUAAAUAAUAAUCCUUAUUUAAGAUACUUCUACUUGGUACUGUCUAAAAUAGAAUAUUAUACUUGAUGAAAGAGAGGUAUUAUUUGUUUGUGUUAUUUACAACUUUCGUUCUUUUCUCAUUACGAGUAAAUAAACAUUGAACUAUAGUAUUAGAACGAACUACGAAGUGUUCGUUUUUGCUCAUUUUUAUUACUAGUCUCUUGAGUUAGCUCUUUGAUUAACCAAACUCUUUGCGCAUUCACUUUUCCAGAAUGUGCCAAUUCUGAGGUUUGCGCAAGGUUUAUGAUAAAAAAAAAUCCUGAUUUGUCUGAAAAUUUUUGGGGCAUUUUUACCUGCUUAACCUGAUAAGCAAAACUCGACUGUUUAUACGCAAUUUAAGAUGCCAGACAGAUCACGUAAAAUUGCUGUAAUGGGGUACCAGAGUGUUGGUAAAUCAACUCUUUGUAUCCAGUUUGUGGAGGGGCACUUUGUGGACAACUAUGAUCCUACAAUUGAAAACACAUUCCAUAAAAAUCUCAGGGUACGAGGGGAAGACUACACACUGGAGCUUGUGGACACGGCUGGUCAAGACGAAUACUCUUCAUUUCCUGCCCAGUAUAGCAUGGGCAUUCAUGGCUAUGUUCUAGUCUACUCCAUCACAAAUGACAAGAGUUUCCAAGUUGUUCAAAAUCUUUAUUCCAAACUUCUGGACAUGAUUGGCAAAGUCACGGUGCCUGUUGUGCUGGUGGGCAACAAGACUGACCUGCAGAAGGAACGCGUGGUGAGCUUGGAGGAGGGUAAGCGAGUCGCUGACUCAUGGGGCGCCAUAUUCAUUGAGACCACCGCUAAAAGGAGGGAUAUUGUAAGUGACGUCUUCACAAAAGCUGUGCUAGAGAUAGAAAAGUCAGAGGGUUCACUGCCUGCAGACAAUAAAUGUUCCAUAUCCUGAAUUAUUUGAAGACUCCAAACUUUUCACUUGGUCUUCCCGAGUCUUCAGCUUAUGUACUCAACCCAAAAGUCUUCAGUUUGCAUGCACAAUCCACAACUCUUCAGUUCACGUGCCCAAUCUACAAGACUUCAGUUCACCUAUCCAGCCUUCUCCAUUGGAUCUCUGAGCUCUUAGAAGGAGCACAUGGUUCCAACUACUAAGCUGUACAUUAUAUAAGAUUCUUUGCUCACUAACAUUGCCUCAAACAAAUUGGCAAACUACGCUAAGAGAAAAUACUUAACUAAGUUCAGUACCAUAGUUCGUUAUUUUUCAAUCGUAUUUUUGUUUCAUUCAAAAUUUGGUGACCUUAGAUUGUCUACAUACAAUCUAAUUUUAUGUUGUUAAUUAAUUUUCAGAUAUUUUUACAAUAUCGAGAGGUGAAAUCAUAAUGGAAAUUCAUUCCAUGUUUGACAUCCACAAGAGUUGUUGAGUGCUGAAUAUCAAGUAUACUUAUUCAGAGAAGAACCAAUGAAAGGUUUUGCUUUCUCAUAAGUCUUUUUAGACUUUGCAAAAGCUUACACUAGAACUAUUGGUUAGAAAAAGGAAGGCAACGCUAUUGAUUAGUUCCAAAUAAUUAAUUGUAUGCUAAGUAUAGAAAACCUGUAUAUUCUCAGCGUCUUGAUAGGAUCGUUUUGGGUAAAGAUAACUGAUGAAAUCAUAAUUGUCCGGGAGAGAAAGCAAAGCUUCAUUUAUUUCCAGUGGCUAGCAUUCAUCAACUUGCGUUCCAUAUUUUUUCAAACAUCAUUGCUACCUGCGCUCUAGUUCAUUCAAUUUCAACUUCCAUGUCUUUCUUCCUUCUAUGCUCUUUUUCAAUUAUUCAGUUUCAAAUAGGAAGUCUGCCUUUGCUUCGUGUAGAUCGCUUGUAACAAUUUCCCAUAACUUGCAUAUCAAGAGUUGAUCCUGAAUAUUUUCUUGAAUUGCUAGUUUGCAAUAAUUAUUCAUCUCUAACCUCUAUUAAAUGUACUAUAUGAUGCACGGAAGAUUCUUCUUGGGAUUUGGAUUGGUUGUUGCUUAUGAUAAAAUUAAAUAAUAAUUCUCGAGCGCCACGAUAAAUUCUUCAUCAAGACUUAGUCGUUUUUGUAUUUGACUUUUUCUUAACUAACUCUGGAUGGCUGCUUUGAUGCGAGUGAGCUUGCUAUAAGCAUUUGUGAACAUGGUAGCCGUGUUUAGAUCUACUUUUUACUUGAGUCAUUUUUUCGAGCAUAUGUUCCUUUGAUGUCUUUCUUCCGAUCCUAGUUUCUACUGCAAGUCUUCCUUCCCAGUUUUGAUCUACACAAGUCUUUAUUCUAAUCCUAGUUUCCAACGCAAUCUUUUUUCCAAUCUUCGUUCCUACUGAAGUCUUUCUUCCUAUCCUAGUUUCUACUGAAGUCUUAAUUCUGAUCGUAGUUCCUAAUUUAUUAUUUUCCUGGGUGUAGUGUCUUCUUGAAUGUCUCUUUGCCACUGAUUCUUUGCAUUGUAUGUUUAUAUUUUUACCUAUGGUGGGUGAAUCUAAUGCGUGUUUAAGAAGCAAAUCUUCUUGUUUAUGUGAAAUAUUUUUUGACAAGUUUGUCAUGUUAAUUGCGUACGACAAAAUACACAACAUAUUUUAAGAAAGCAUGUUCUCUCUUUGCAAGCCGUUUCCUUUGAGUGAGGUCUCGCUUGCCAAAUAAUAUUUCAUGCUCCAGCUGAGUGGUAAAGAUAUUCUACAAGGGCCAUAACUAUGCUACUACUACUGUGCUUGGUCUGGAUGGCCUGGUUCUUAUGUUGUGUUUUUUUUUGGGUUUGAUAAUGGAAAUAAAUUUGGUAUUUAUGACAAUUUUCUUGUGGAAUAUGGGUGUUGAAAAAUUCUCUUAUUAUAUUUUAUACAGUGACAUUAUAUAUUUAUAUAAUAUGAUUUAAAUAUUGAACCCAGAGUCAUGUUAUUGGUUUGCAGUCAUGCAUCAUGUUAUGAGUCUCUCGAAUGAAGCAUAUCUGAACAGUCUAAUUAUUAUCAAUUGUGUUUCAAUGUUGCAAGAAAUGCACUUAAUUAUAUCGAUUGACUUUGCACCUCUGCUAUGAGCAAAUUAAUUUGCGCUUUGAUGUUUAAAUGUGACAAACUGAGAAUCUGUACGUUUAUUCUUUCAUAAAUAACGUCUUAUUACUUCCCACUAAAUAUAUUUCAUUCAAUAACAUUUUUGAAAUUAUGAUAAAA